AUGGCUGCACCUUCUACCGCUGACCUCCAGGAGUGGGGGUCCCCGAGGGCCGCGACAGCGGCGCGACAGGAACUCUUGGGCCUCGUAGGGGGGGCACUUCCUGGAGAUGCUGGCGCUCGAGGGCGAUGGGCGGCGCUGUGCCUGAGGCGGGACGCCCGGGCACUGCUGGACUCGCGACCGCCCCACGGGCUGCGCGACCGCGACGUUCCGGAGGGUUUCGAGGGCUUCCGUAUUUUCGAUGCUGCCGUGCAGGAGGCCCUCAAGAGGGCCGAGGAUCGGGCUGCCCAACGGGCGGCGGGGCUCCCGCUUAACGCGAUGUUUGGCCCCUGGGAGGGCGGGAUGCCAGCAUCGCAGUGCCCGGCCCCCCCGCCCCCCGAGUCCACAGUCGUCACGGGGAUUGUGGCUGCUCUGAACGUGGCCGGGGCAUUCCGGAUGGGGGCUGGCAUGGAGACCGACAGCGGGAGAAUCGCGGCGGUCACAGCUGGGCUCCACGAGGAACGCGCGGAGUCGUUGCUGCGGCUUGUGCGUAAUGGCAAGGGGGAGGCGGAGGCAGCUGGCCCGGGCCGCCUGGCGCUGGAGCUGACCCUCCCGGCGGGCCCGGUCGACGGGGUCUUCUCGCGGGCGUCGCCGCUCUCGUCGCCGAAGUCGCCGUGCAGCAGCGAGGGCCAUGGGUCGCCGGGCUCCCCGUGGCCGCCGCCCGACGACGCGAGGCCGCACGGCGCGAGCGCGGCGCGCGCCCUCAGGACGGUGAUCGGCCUGCUGGGCCUCGACGUGCACGAGGCCGAGAGGGCCCGCGCCGCGGAGAAGUGGCUGCGCGCCGUCGGCCCCGGGGGGCCGCUGCACGCCGGGGUCGACGGCGCCGAGCCCCAGGUCGUCGCCGCUGGCGACGAUGGCGGGCACGAAAUGCGCUGGCAGCUGUCGGUCCUGUCCCACCUGCGCCGCCACCAGACCGUUGCGGAGGUUGGGGGGCCGCCGGGGGACCACUCGCCCGACUUCCAGGAGCACCUGGGCGUGGCGGAGCUGCUGCUGAGGAGGAUCUGCCACGCCGUCGGCGUGCUGCGCCGUGGGGCGCUUGCGGCGGAGGUCACCAAAUGCCGCAAGACCCUCGCGCACGUUCAGAGUCUGUUUGCGCAAGCCCAGCGAGCGGCCUCGGAGGGUGCCAGCCGUGACUCGGUGGGGGCUCAACUCCUGGUUUCCCUGGAGCGCCAGCUGGCCGCGCCGCCUGCAGCCCCUGCCGCCGCGCAGACACCCGCUGCCGCCGCUCCAUCUGCCCAGAGGGUCGGCAUCCAGCAGAUCUCCAGGCCGCUCGCCACCGCCCACAUGUCUUGGAAGCCUGGCCAGCUCGCCCACACCGUCCAGUACGAUGCGAUCUCGCAGCUCACCCAAGCGCAGGGGCCCACCCACUUCACGGACCACCUCCUGGCCGUGGAUUUGCUGCGCAUCUAUCAGAUAGAGGGCCCUACACGGGGCGAGCGCAGGGCACGAAGCACGUCUGGCGUCCUCUCGGCGGCCCCCGUCGUGGGCCACAUCCAGCUGCGGGCAGCGAGCCCGGGUAUUUACAUGCUGUGGCGCUGGCAGUCCGCGACGUUGCCAUCCGACUUGAUCGAGGGCAGAGGGAUCAGGAUCGCCGGCGUCGCUUAG